AUACUGAAAAGUAAUUUCCAUAAAACACUUAGCAAAUAUUUUCACGACUGAUUCACUGACUGACUUGAUAUAUUCCAGGAGGUUACCACAAAUUUCGUGAAUGCACCAUCAUUUUUUUACCUCUGUCGCUCUCUAUUGAAGUGAAAGAGAUCGAGAUGCAAGUAUUUCAAUUUUUGAAGUUCACGGCAGGGGUACUCCCAACUGUCAAAUAAAAAAAAAACAAGUUGAAAAAUCAACACAGACAGUUCAGAACAUCUUUUACAGGUUUUCCUUUUCUUUUCUUGCUAUUUUUAUCACAUUUAUAUUUACACUGAAUAAAAAAUUAUUCAAUAAACCGUUACCAUGUCUUCAAUUGAAUUUUUGGAACAAAAUUCAUGUAUGUUUUCGGUGCUGGCUUGCAUUUUUCUAACGUUCUCAUAUGUCGCAAGUUUAUACGUUUGGAAGACCAAAUUGAGCAGAGACCAUCCUUCGACGAUAAAACGAAGGUUUUUCAGUGUAUCAUGCAUGAUGCUUCUGGCCCCUUUCUUCACUCAAUAUUUUUUCACUGACGACACUACAAGGCGCGGGGACGUAUACGACCACUUAGGGCUUCGUACUUCAGGGCUUAUCAGUGCCUCUAUCUUGCCUUUACUUCUAACAGCUAUUUUAUUUUUGGGACCUCUGACUAUGCAGUUUUUAUCAGGCAUUUGGAAACUAUAUGCAGAACCUGUGUACUGGGUAUCCAGUUGGCAAGACUGGGUUUGGGUGAGGAACCACUUCAUGGCACCGCUCAGCGAAGAGUGGGUCUUCCGGGCCUGCAUGAUGCCACUAUUACUACAAUGCUUGGACCCUUUGACAGCAGUUUUCACAGGGCCAUUGCUUUUUGGUGUUGCUCACUUCCACCACAUGUUUGAGCAGCUGAAGGCCGGGUUUGAGUUUAAAACCGCACUAAUGAUCUCAACUUUCCAGUUCAUGUACACAAGUUUGUUCGGGGCAUAUUCUGCAUACCUAUUUGUAAGAACUGGACAUUUCAUGGCUCCACUAGUGGCACACAUGUUCUGCAACCACAUGGGCUUCCCCAACUUCGGCGAGAUCGGUCAGUUCCCUCCUCUACAACGAAUCACGAUCAUCUUCAACUUCCUCUUGGGCUUCGUCUUAUGGUGCUACCUGCUCACGCCGCUUACCAGCCCCGAUAUCUACGACAAUAGAUUGUACUCUGAAACGUGAACAGAUUGUAAUUCGUAAGUUGUCAUCGUUGAUUCUCAAUUUCUGUAUUAAUAGGAUAAGUACACUAUUUACAGAGAAGUGGGUAAUUUACGAAACAAGUGCAAUGAAAUUUAGAUAUUAUAUAUAUAUGUGGCCGCGUCCGGUAAAACUUUCCACUUUGUCGCUUGCCUAGAUUCAAGCAAAUCUCGUCCUUAUGGCAGUUAUGGCAAGCGACAAAGUGGGACGUUUUUCCGGCCGCAGUCACAUAAUGCGCGUGCUUACACCUUAAUAAUAGGAUAAUCUGCCCUGAUACGUGGCCCCUAAUAUCAGCCACCUACAAAAAUUGUGAAAUGAACUGUUGCCAAAACCCACAGGGAACCAAAUAAUUCAUAGAUAUUUUUUACACCAAAGUAUAAGUUAUUUCAUACGCAAAAUGUAAUAUAAAAACUGUGAGGAUCUUUCCAUAAUUGAAUUCCUGACUGUACUAAUCUUCAAUUUUAUUUUGUGUCCUACAUUCCUUGAAAAUCAUAAUUAUACAAGGUCGUUCGAGUUGUGGAACUGUUAAGAACCCCACAGGAAAAUCGCCAAUAAUGCAAUAAAAACCGACUGAUUAAAUGAUUUGAUAGCGGUUAAAAUUUCUCAAUAGUAAAGCAUUGAAGUCAUAUUCCUUCUCAACAAUGUCAACACGAAAUCGUUAUAAUAAUAAUACGAGUAUGUCAGGUGCCCGGAUGUCUUUGCAAUAACGCAGUUUCAUUUUCCACCCAAUCUUCAAUCUGUCGACCGUCCUACUGUUCUCUUUUUCUACAAUAGUCCCAAUGCCUGGUGCGACCGGUUCACGAGUGUCUAUUGUUGCGCCUGUGAACGGGUUCCAGCAGGCGUUCUACAUGACAUUAAAGCUCUCCAACGGGGUACGUGUUGGAUCUAUAUCCCCACACAAGCCUAUCAAAAGACUGGGAUUUAUAGGCCCGUUAAAUCCAAGGAGACACAAAUAAUUAUAUAAUAUAUAGCCUUUAUUUCUCAUAUUAUAUAAUUUAUACAUUUUAUUUUAUAUAUUAAGAUACCCAGUGUCGGCCGUGUCGGGCAAAGGCCUCUUCCAGCUCUUUCCAGUGUGUCCCGUCCUUUGCUUUGCGGGUCCAGCCACUUUGGCAAUAUAAUCGACCCAACUUUGCUUCGGGCGGUGGGCUGCUCGCUUAUCUAAAAACGUUAUAUUUACUGUUAAGUUAAACAACGCUUAGGUGGCUGAUAUAGGGGAAUUUUAUCCUUUGUCAAUAAGGUGAUAUUUACAUAAAGUUGUAACAGGAAAACGCCCUUAUUGACAAGCAAAGCAACAACAAGGCAUGGCGUUAACUAUUUAUUUUAACGUUGUCCCGGUUGCAUACGAAGCAACAGAGCACCAGGAUAACAUUUAGCGAAACAUUUGUAUACCUAACCAUUGCGAUAAAGGUUUACUAGUGGCUGGGUAUAUAUUGUCAGUGCAUAUUUAUGUUCAACUUUAAUCUUUUGAACGCCACGCGUAUCGUAGGCGGCGCGUAAUCGUGAACCUUGUCGGUACGCAUGAAGGUUGAUAUUGGGCUGUAGCCGCGCGCGUCAUAUGACGUCUUUGGCGGUCAAAAGGUUAAACAAUGGCGUUCUACGCAAGUAAUGUUAUUAAUUGUAUAGUGGGAAAGAAAGUUCCCAAAUGUGUUUUCCUUGUCAUAUUUUAUUUUAUAUUGUUUUACUUUUGACAGUAUUUUGUAUCAACAACACGGACAAUCCGUUUGUAUAGUAGUUAUAGACAAUUAUUACUAUCACAUGUGACUAAUUACCUAUUGCACUAAAACAAUCUA